CCGAAAGCAGCGAGAGAAGACAGUGACGAAGUGUGUUUUUUUUUUUGGUGCGUUUUUGACGAACAACAUGGCUAUGCCUCCCCCACCUCCCAGAAUCCCUAAUCCCUCUUCUUCUUCUUCUUCUUCUUCUUCUUCUUCUUCUUCUUCUGAUGAGAAGAGCGUGCCAGAAACCGCAAUAUCAGAACCGCCACCAACUACUACUACUACUACUUCAACCGAUUCAGCAGCCAUGCCUCCUCCUCGAAUUCCAGAACCACCUUCUUCUUCCAAUUCAGACGAUUCAGCUGAACCUCGACCACCACAACAACCGCCUCAGCCGCCAAAGCCGUCGUCGUCUUCUUCUUCUCAGGGCAUACCGAUUCCCUACAAGAUCCCUCCAUGGAGCUCUGCUCCCUGCCACGAGUUCUGCCUCGAGGUCCUCAAAGAUGGCGCCAUCAUUGACAAAUACGACGUGCAUGAGAAGGGGGCAUAUAUGUUUGGGAGAUUGGACCUCUGUGAUUUUAUACUGGAGCAUCCCACCAUUUCGCGGUUUCAUGCAGUUCUACAAUUCAAGAGAAGUGGUGAUGCAUAUCUGUAUGAUCUUGGGAGUACUCACGGCACUUUCUUGAACAAGAAUCAGGUGGAGAAAAACACAUAUGUUGACUUGCAUGUUGGUGAUGUCAUUCGAUUUGGCCGGUCAUCUCGCCUGUUCAUUUUUCAAGGGCCGUCUGAGUUGAUGCCUCCAGAAAUCAACAAAAAAAUCAUUCGAGAAAUGAAAAUGCGUGAAGUAAUUCUAGACAAGGAAGCUUCACUCCAACGAGCAAGGCUGGAAGCAUCUCUCUCUGAUGGUGUAUCAUGGGGAAUGGGUGAGGAUGCUAUUGAGGAAGAGGAGGACGAUGUGGAUGAAGUGACUUGGCAGUCAUAUAAAGGACAGCUCACAGAAAAACAGGAAAAAACACGUGAGAAGAUACUAAAAAGGAUGGAAAAGAUUACAAACAUGAAGAAAGAAAUCAACUCUAUACGAGUUAAAGACAUUUCUCAGGGUGGGCUGACUCAAGGCCAACAGACUCAAAUUGCUAGGAAUGAGCAAAGAAUAACACAGGUAAUGUUGUAGAAAAAUUUAAGACAAGAAACCAUCUCACAAAUAUUCUGUGAUUGCCUGAGUUUUGAAAAUUAUAUCAUGUCAAUUGUAAGUCGUGGAAAGAAGAAAGGUGUUGUGGAAGAUGAAGAUGAAUAUCUCAGCGACGGUGACGAUGAAUUUUUUGACCGCACAAAGAAAACGUCUUCUCGCCAGAAGCUUGGUGACAACCAAUCUAUUGAGACUGCUGAUACUCUUCUGGAUAAAAAAGAUGCCAUUAUCCAGGAGAUGAAUGAGAAGAAAGAGUUGCUUAUAGUUGAAAAGAAUAAAAUGUCAUCAGAGUCUGCCAAACAAGAUGAAGUUGAUGAUUCCCUUGAUGCUUACAUGUCUGGACUUUCAUCCCAACUUGUUCAAGACAAAAGUGUGCAGCUUGAGAAGGAAUUGUCAACUCUUCAGUCCGAGUUGGAUAGGAUUUGCUACUUAUUGAAGAUUGCUGACCCAACAGGCGAAGCUGUCAAGAAAAGGGAGUUGAAAGCACAAGAACCUAAAUCAAACAAAUCUCAAGAAGUUGCCUCUAACAUAAAGAAGCCACAAGCAAAAACCCAGAAAAUCACUGAACCUUGUACUAAGGUCGAUAACAAGAAACCACCUGUGGAAACCCAGAAAAUCAGUGACACUUGUGCAAAGGCAGAUAACUCCAUACAAGAAGGGAAACCUGGAGAUACAACUAUGGAUUUGGACAAGUCAGAACCUGGCAGUGACAAAGUGGAGGGUGAGAAUGUUGUAUACACGGUUCCAAAGCCCCAGUGGCUUGGGGCUGUAGAGGACAGGGUUACAGAUGAUAACCAACAACCAAUAGCCGCUUUGCAUGAUACAGACGAGUCCAAUCAGUUCGUUGACUACAAGGACAGGAACAAAAUUUUGGGUUCGGGUGAUGAUGCAAAGACUAGAGAAUCUAAUAUUGAGUCUGCUGCUCCUGGUCUGAUUUUAAGGAAAAGAAAACAAGUUGAGAUGACGGGUGCAAAUAGUAAUGAUGUCACUCGGCAAUCGACUUCUGCUCCUGUGGGUGAAAAAAUGGCUGAGGAUGCUGUGGCUUUAUUAUUAAAGCACAAAAGGGGAUUGUAUGCAACUGAUGAUGUGGAAAACCAAGAUGAGGAGAAGAGGAAGCCUAAAAGAGUGCUUGGGCCUGAGAAACCAUCAUUUUUGAACGAUCAGACAGAUGACACAUGGGUUCCCCCUGAAGGACAAUCAGGUGAUGGACGAACUUCUUUGAAUGACAAAUAUGGCUACUGAGCAGAUUUGUGCAUAACAUUGCCGAUUUUGAGAAAUAAUGGAUAUCGAUGGAGGAUUCGGAAGAACCUGGUAAGAGUCAUUGAACCUGCAGAGUUGGUUGGACAACUCAUUGACCUGCGUCCUUUUAUCAACUGGAAGUGGAAGGAUGACGAUGAGGUUACUUGGUGUUUAAGUUACAACAGUAGUGUAUUUAGCAGACAUGGCAAGUUGAGAUGCACUUUACCAUUGGUACAGCCACAGGAUAUCAGAAUGCUACUAACAAGUGACUUUCUUUCUUUUUUUUUUUAAAGUAUAGAAUGGAGUCAUUUGGAAAACAAUUUUGUUGCUGCCACUGUAAAGUUUAUUUGAAGUACGUGUGUGGUGUUAAGAGGAUUAAUGGAGGGCUCCAUUGUGAUAGGAAAAUGACAUUUCAAUAUUUCAUCAUGUUAAAGGUGGUUUGCAAAUGUAGAUGCUUAUGAAAAAUCUUCAUUAUUUUCCCAUAUGCAUGCAGAUGUUUAUUUAAGGAAGUAAAGAUUAGUAUUU